AUGAGCAAUUUUUCUCAUGUUUUGCGUAACAUACGGCAGUUUUUUGAAAAGGAAAAGACCACAGGCAAGCCAUGGCAUAUCAACAAUGUAACAAAACGUUUAUCUGUUGCAACAGGACUCAGUAAGACGACAAUAUGCAAGUUGGAAAGUCACAACAAGAAGGGUGCGUCUGAAUUAACCACAUUCAGACCAACGGCUAGAUGCAAACUGGACUCGUUCGACUUGUCACUACUCCGGAGAUGUAUACAUUCUUACUAUAAAGAGGGUCAACAUUUAACACUGGAUACUUUGCAAAAACGAUUGAAGGACCAGCACGACAUUUCUGUGUCCAGAUCAUCUGUAUACAGAAGUGUACUAAAAAUGGGAUUCAGGUUCUACAAAAAUGGAUUUGGAUCCAGAUUAGUGAAGGAAAGGCAGGACAUAGUUUGUAGGAGGCAUGAAUACUUGAGGAAAAUAAAGAAAGCAAGACUUGAUGGAGACAUCAUUGUUUAUGUAGACGAGACUUGGGUGAAUGCGAACCAUUGUAUGAAAGGAGAGUGGAGUGAUAGCAGUGUAAGUGAUACAAGUAAGUUAGUGGGGGGAGGUAGAGGCGCAUGUAAGUUCACUCCAUCCGGAAAAGGAAAACGUUUGAUUGUACUGGAUGCUGGUUGCAGGAACGUGGGUCUGAUUCCCGGAGUUGGAGAAGUGUUUGUGGCACAGAAUGAUGGCGGUGACUACCACUCUGAAAUGAACCACAAACAUUUCUUCAGCUGGUGGAAAAUCACUCUGCUUCCUGUAUUACCAGGAACCAGUACAAUCGUUAUAGACAAGGCGUCUUAUCGUUCUAUGCUAACUGAAGAUUCCAGGUCUCCCACGACGGCUUCACGUAUUGGCGACAUCAGGGACUGGUUACGAAAAAGACGACUUCCUUUCAAUGACGACAUGAUUAAGGCUAAACUUUUGGAGAUUGUCAGACGGAACAAGCCUCGUCCAAAGUACAUCGUUGAUGAGCUUGCAAUGGAAGCUGGUCACAAGGUCCUUCGUUUGCCCCCACGCCAUUGUGAGUUAAAUCCGAUUGAGCUGAUAUGGGCCAAAAUGAAGGGUCAUGUGGCCAGGCAGAACUCCUCUUUCAAACUUAAAGAUACCAUGGCCCUCUUUCAGAAAUCCCGCGCCCUUAUAACGCCCGCUUACUGGAACAGAUGUGAGGACCAUGUUAUUUUAAAGAUUGAAAAGGAGUUGUGGCGCACUGGCGGUGUGCAAGAGGACGAGGUUGCGCCUGUUGUUAUUCCCCUUGGUGAAGCGGACGACAGUGAUAGUGACAGUGAUGGAGAACUCAGUGAAGACGAAGAAGGACUGGACGACACUGACUGUUAA